GGGGAAUAGAAAAUGGGGGCGGAGAAGUUGGCGGGAGGCUGCGAGAAAGCAAAGGGCCGGGAGGGUAAGCAACUGCGCAAGUCUGGCCGUGUUUGAAAAGGAACGCAUGCGCGCUCCCCUACCCCGAAAAAAACGGAGGGAGGUAGGGGUGACUAAUAGGACUGUUAGGACAUAUGAGGCGUGUGUGGAGGAACGCAUGCGCUGGUCUGCAAAAGUGUUGUGAACGGGGUCUUGUGUCUCUGUAGCAUUCGGCGAGAUUUUUCUUUUUAUUGUGAACUCAAUUAGCGGCCCACAUAUUUCCCAAGCGACCUUUCAGACUUCAUUUCGCUUCCCUCCCCUGGGUUGCUCAAAAGGCGUCUUUUUUUUUUUAAAGGGAAAUCUGAGUGAUUCUUUUUUUCUUUUUUGUGGAGGGAAGAUCUUAAAUGAAUGGAUCAAACUUUUUAUUGUUGUUUUUUGUUUUUGUUCCUAAGGGUGACCUAAAAGGAAAAAUAAAGUACCUGCUAAGGUACUUGUGGUUCUUAAUCCUUUGCAUAGCUACCUGCCUUCCCUGAGUAUAGAUGAGCGUAGGAAUCUGAUAAAACAACGCCUUCCUCCUACCCCAGAAAGGCCCUAGAGAGGCGCAUAAUUUUAUGCCGGACAAGUGCUGAAAGUCAGUUCCACGAGCCUAGGACAGCGUUUUUCCUAAACUCAGCCAGGUAAGAAACCAUUGCUCCUCCCUCAGCUAUAUCCACAUUGGCCUGGCUCCUGACAGAAGGCUUUUCCAUCCAACAUUCUCAUCAGCAGAAGGCCUCAGAAUCCCCUCAGCACCAUUUGUACAGACCAAGGACCAAAGACUUCUCUUCCACAGUAUUUUUAGUCCCCAGCCAGGAGGAUAUUCCAACAUCAGGAGUGCAACACACUUGAGUCCUGACCAACAUAUACCUGGAAGAAUAAGUCAGAGACUGGGAUUCCCCAGAAUGGAAUUUCUUAGCCUUAGAAAUUAUCUCCUUGGAUAAUCCUAAAUUCAAAAUUUCUCAAGUUUAAGAGUUCUUCAGGCACCAGUCUUAUAGAAAGAAUAUUUCCUCUGCAUUUCGCCCCCUGAAGAAGGAAGAGGACUCCCAGUAGUUGCUGGAACCACCCAGUAGAGGCAAGCAGCACCUCAACCAGAUUAGGUUAUUAGAAAGUGUAGGGAGCACGAAAAGCAGACACCAUGUCAUGCUAUGGGAGAUAUGGAGGAGAGACCAAAGUAUAUGUUGGCAACCUGGAAACUGGUGCUGGCAAAGGAGAAUUAGAAAGAGCUUUUAGUUAUUAUGGUCCCUUAAGAACUGUAUGGAUUGCCAGAAAUCCUCCAGGAUUUGCCUUUGUGGAGUUUGAAGACCCAAGAGAUGCAGAAGAUGCAGUCCAAGGACUAGAUGGAAAGGUGAUUUGUGGUUCCCGUGUAAGAGUUGAAUUGUCAACAGGCCUGCCACGAAGAUCUCGGUAUGAUAGACCACCUGCACGCUGUCCAUUUGAUCCUAAUGACAGAUGUUAUGAGUGUGGCGAGAAAGGUCAUUAUGCUUAUGAUUGUCACCGCUACAGCCGGCGAAGGAGAAGCAGGUCACGAUCUAGAUCUCAUUCAAGAUCCCGAGGAAGGAGAUACUCUCGCUCACGAAGCAGGAGCCGGGGAAGGAGGUCAAGAUCUGCAUCUCCUCGGAGACCAAGAUCCACAUCUCUACGUAGAUCUAGAUCUCCUUCAAUCCAGUCUCGAUCAGGUUCUUUAAAAAGGUCAAGAUCAUCCCAUUCAAGAUCUCGAUCCAGAUCCAGGUCUCUUUCAAGACCUAGAAGCAGCCAAUCAAAGUCUAAAUCACCAUCUCCAAAGAGAAGCCACUCACCUUCUGGAAGUCCUCACAGGAGUGCAAGUCCUGAAAGAAUGGACUAAAAUGAAAAAAAAAAUCGUCUUAGAAAAAAAGUUAUUUUGUUUCAUCAUAAGAGAUUUUCUGAUGUCUGUUCAUUGUAAAUGAAACCUAAAAGGGUAUUUGAAUCAUCUAAUAAGAAUGGAUCUGGAUAUUUUAAGAGCUUUGUAAACCCACAUCAACAAAGUAGUAUUAAUCGUACACACACAUAUACAUACACACAUCCUUUGAUCUGAAGAUGUAGGGAUUUUCCUUUUGGCACAUUAAGAAUAAAAAUGUGUAUUUCUAUCUAGAGUUCUGAUUUGUGAUCACUAUUGUUAACAUGUAGCUUGGGCAAAUCUCAAACCUAUAGAACUUUUUAGGCCUCCUGGGUGAUAAAAAUGGUCACAUUUAGUGCAUUAAUGAAAUCUUUCGUACAUUGAAAAAAUGUCUUUUCCUACUCUAUAAAUUUGGAAGUAGUUGUUUUAGAGAGUUAAAAGAACCUUAAUUUUUUAUAAUUGUCUGUCAUAAUCUAUAUCAGAAUCUUAAAUUCUGCUCCUUGAAAUUAUCACCUAGGGACUAUGAUUUGUUAGACUAAAUUGGCAUGACAAUUAGAGAGCAUAAAGUAAAUUUAGGGUAAUGCUGAAGAGUCCAUGAAACGUAAUAACAGCAUAAAUCUGAAUUCUGGACAAUUGUAUAGCAGUAAACGUUUAUGCAAGCAGAACAUUAUUAGACAAGUAUUCAUCAGGUGAAGUGGUACUAAAGAGUGUUGAAAAAGUCAUCAAUUGGGGACCAUUUGCCCAGGACUGCAAUUGUUUUUAGUAAUAUGUUCAUUUUAGUAUUAAUAUAAAUGUUUUUGAAGUUGGCCAAGACUUGAUUGGAUUGAGGACUAAGAUAAAUGUAAACCAUCUUUGCAAAAUUAUUCCUUUUCCAGGUUAGGUGCUGUUUUCAUCUCCCAAAUCUAUUCUUACACUAACUUUGUUUCACCACCACCAUCAAAAAAAGGGAGAUUUUGGACAGCCAGUGCAAAGUAUUUAAAUAUAUUAUUAAUUAUCAAACAAACUAAAACAUGGUUCAUACACUAGCAGGUACAUUUACGUUGUUAGCAUUUGAUCUGUAUUUGAAAAUAAUUGUUUGCUAGUUCUAGUUUCGGUUUAAAAAAAAUGCUUAACUUUCGAGUGCCAUGAUUUUCCAGUUCACCUGAUAUUGACAUCUGUCAUUAGUUUAAAAUAUAUAAGGUAGCAAGUCCAUAAUUUAAGCUUAUUAGUUCAUUUUUUUAAUGCUUUGACAUACCCAAGAAUUUUUUAAUAUGCUAAAAUUAAAGAAACAUUUUUGUUUGAGCGUUUGAAUAUUGAAUGAGCCAAAUAUGAUUUGGUAUAGAAGCCACUUGCAAUGUACUGGUUUAUUUGUUGCAUUUUAUCAGUUUAAUCGUUCUGUAUUAUAUUAAAGCAAAUUCUCUCUAAAAAUAAAAAAAAGGAAGAGGAAUACCAAAGUGAUCCCUAUGGCUGGAGGAUUGGAACCAUGUCAUAGGUGGGUACACAAGAAAUUGCCAACUCUGCAUCCCAGUCCUAUGAGUUACUCAGUGUAGGUCCAAGGUGCAUGUAGCAUACUUGUUAAGUAGUUCCCAAAGUGUAUAUAUUUUCAAGAGUAUUAAUGGGCUAUUUGAAUACUUUUUGUUUCUUUAAUUGUGGGCUCCUGUGAGUUAUUUGCAUCUUACACAUUUUCUAUGGUCAGUGAAAUAAAGACUUCUUUAUACCCAGUAGCAAUAUUGUACGUUGAAUGCCUAUGUGAGAUUGGGCAACCCAAUUUCCCAUCUUUUAGUGAUCUUAUCUCAAGCUAUAGAUUUUCCUGGAUAACUGCAGCUGGAGGGUUGGGGA